UGACAUUUUACAUCAGAUACUCGUAUAUACGCUUUUCCAGUUGUUUGAAAAGAGUUCGCAUUUAAACAAUUUCAAGUCAUGAAAAUGGCGAUAACGAAAACUUUGUUCGUUGUAUACAUGCUGUUGUUUGGUCGAUUAUCGGCAGACGAUGGGGAUCGUUAUUCCUACGAUUCGAAACUGCUCGAAAAAGUGAUCCGCCUGGAAUUGAAAGUGGAAGAAAUGCAGAAGAAACUUGAAGCAUCUCAAGAGAGAAUGGAAUCAUUCAUUACAGAUCAAACAACGAUAUUCAAAAACAAAACUGAUGAAGUGGAAAUUAAAGGGGAUGUACCACUUGUUGCCUUCAAUGCGUACAGUCCCGUCGAUGUAAGUCCAGAUACAAGCGAAAUCAUUGUGUGGAGAAAUACCCUUGUAAAUGAAGGAAACGGUUAUGACACUGUGCUGGGCUUAUUUACAGCCCCAGUCUCUGGUCUCUACUUUUUUGCCGUACAUUCUUGUGUGUAUACAAGCACUGCCCUUCAAUAUGCAAUAGUUCUUGAUCACAACAUCGUAGGCAGAACCUAUCAAUACGAGGACAGCAGCUACCACUGUAGCUCUUUGAACACAAUUACUAUGGUCAAGGAAGGACAAAGGGUCUGGGUGAAGUGUACCAGUGGAAGCACAAGUAAUCAAAUGUUUGAGCAUGACAGUUAUGGAAAAAGUUCUUUUAUAGGAGUCUUGUUGCAUAAAUAAAGUCUUACAACUUAAAAUGGUUGAAUGACUCACGGACAUAGACGACACUGUACGAUACAGAUAUGAUAUAUGUCGUCUUGGAAAUAUAUUCUCAGCAAACUCUUUUGCCACUUGAAAGAAAGGAAAACAAAUUCCUUGAAAAAAAAAUGUUAUCAUAAUAAUAAUGUUGUUGUACAUUGUAGUUGAAUAGUAUUAAAUAAUAUCAUAGAACUGUUCAAAAUUUACUGUAUAUUUGAUUGUAUUCAAACAAUAACUUGAUAUUUGUUACAAAUAAAUAUUCAUUGAA